AUGACUUCUCCAGGUCAGGACAUGCCGGACCGCAGCCUCUUCGAUGACAAGAAGUUCUGGCUCUCACACUAUGUCCCUCGGCGCACUAUGUUGAAAGAAAUGAUUAAGAGUCAUGGUGGCACAGUUGUGGGAGAAGAAAGAUCUGCAGAUAUCAAAAUAGUCGAUCAUAGGCAAAAGAAUCUCCCCGCUGAUUCCUAUUCCUAUCAAUUCGUGGAGCGCUCUGUGCAGAAUGGGAAACGCGAAGAUAUCGAGCCUUAUCGAGCUGGUCCUUCGGCCCAAAGACCUGUUGGCGCAUCACAUAUUCCUAGAAAAACCACCAGAACGGAGUAUACCCUGAAGGAUGACCAAAUUCUCUUUGACUGGUUGUAUCCUUAUGAGUUAGAGGGUAACGCACCGACUUCGGGGAACAGCAUCUACAAGGAACUCGCAGAGCAGUUCCCUCAUCAUACGUACCAAUCAUGGCGCUCUCGGUAUCUCAAAAACAUUCGUGGGAGGCCUCGCCCCGGUGGCGGAGAACCCAAACAAGACUUGUCCAUCAGACAAGAUCCCCGUUUACCACUACACCCUGCCGCAGAACCAGCACUGGGACCACUAUCAUCGCGCAUUCCUACAACAUCCAAACAGAAAGUUCCCCCCAAGCCUUCUCAGUCCAAGCCAUCUGACCAAGAUCACAACAAAAGAAAGCGGGCUUCUACCGGUGAAUCACCUUCUCAUCGGCGUAGUGAAAAGGGUCCGUCUUCUCCCAAAAGAAGAUUAAUGGAAACCUCGGAAGCCAUGGAUUCAAUGGCGCAAAAUAUUUCCAAUAGACGUGGUCCAAAACCGCGCGGAUCACCAAUGCGGUUAUCCAGCCGAUUAUCCUCAAGUCCAGCGACGUCUUCGAAGGCCAGUCGAACCCAUCAAAACCCCCCACCCCAACAAAAUUCCCUGGAGGCUACCACUCCUAGCCGACCAGCGCCGCCACAGAACGAAACAAAGCCAGAGCAGAAUCAAGCUAUCCAAUCUCAGAACAAGGCCAGCAGUAUGGCCAAUUCAUUGUUUCUGGAGAUGCCAUUUCCACCAACCCCAGAGCCAGAGCAAAACCAGGAUACCCAGCCUCAAAAUGGGAACUAUAUGGUCAAUACGCAGCUCCCGACAGUAUCAUUACCUUCACCUAAUCCACAGCCCGAACAAACUCAGGCUGUUGAAAAUGAGGCCGAUAUAAUCAAGGCCCUGCUUUUGGAGAAGCCAUCUCCACUAGCUAAACCAAAUACGGAGCAUAUUCAGGCAGCCCAGUCUCUUAAUGAGACUAUGAAGGUCAAUUCUCUGCUUCUGGAGAUGCCAUUUCAUCCGUCCAGUCCAGAGCCAGAACAAGACGAGAAUGAAAGUGAAAGUGAACACGAUCAAGAAACUCAUCCAGACAUUGACAGCUGGAUUGACGCUCGAUUAACCCGAGGCGAUGUGGAAUUGCCUGUCAUACUUGAAGCAUUGCAAAGCACAAGUAUGAACCCGGAAUACGCCGAGCUAGUGCUAGAGCAAUUCGCCGCUGGAAAGGGAGUUCCCCAUGAUAUGCCGGGAGUAUGGACGGCUGAGGAUGACAAAUGCCUGCAAGGUGGAGAUCAGCGUGACAUUGAACGUUUAUUCAAGACACACGGCGAAGAAUUAUGCGAGGCUAGAUACGAGUUUCUUAGGCUUAUGAGCGACUAG